ACUCUUUUCAAUAUUUUUAUUUUUAUUUUCUAGUUAGAAAAGCUCUUUUUUUCCUACAAAGAUUUUUUUUUUCCCUACAAAGAUUGAUUCCCUUUUUUAUUACACUGUGUUUUUGGCUUUAAAGUUUGUUUGUUUCUUCUCUAUCUCUCACUCCCAGAGAUCUGUUUCUUUAUCCUUUUCUUGCUUUCACUCUUCUCUCCAGUGAGAGAGAGAAUGGUGAAGCUUUUGUCGGUAUGGCUCAUUGUAGCUUGCUGGCUGAUACUAGGAACUCAAGCAAAUGAGUAUUUAGACUUCAAUGUAACAGAGAUAGACCGCAUUGAGGAACUAGAGUUUGGCUUCUCCAAGUAUAGUUCCAAUCUGAACCCUUUAUUAGUUGGUCUCACCCUUAUCAGAGGAGCUGACUCAGGAGCUGUUUGUUUGGAUGGAACAUUGCCCGGAUACCACUUGCACCGUGGACAUGGAUCUGGAGCUAACAGUUGGCUCAUUCAAUUAGAGGGAGGAGGAUGGUGCAACAAUGUCAGGACAUGUGUAUACAGGAAGAAGACUAGACGUGGGUCAUCUAACUACAUGGAGAAAGAGCUUCAGUUUACAGGAAUAUUGAGUGAUAAAGCUCAAGAAAAUCCAGACUUCUUUAACUGGAAUAGAGUUAAGCUUCGUUACUGUGAUGGUGCUUCUUUCAGUGGAGAUGGACAGAAUGAGGCUGCACAGCUUCAGUUUAGAGGAGAGCGUAUCUGGAGAGCAGCCAUAGAUGAUUUGAAAGCCAAUGGAAUGCGAUACGCCGACCAGGCACUUCUCUCUGGAUGCUCAGCUGGUGGUUUAGCCGCUAUCUUACGCUGCGAUGAGUUCAGAGACUUGUUCCCUGGCUCCACCAAAGUCAAGUGCUUAAGUGACGCAGGCUUGUUCUUGGACACAGCUGAUGUGUCUGGUGGACGAACAAUAAGGAACUUAUAUAAUGGUAUAGUAGAGUUUCAGAGUGUGAAGAACAACCUGCCUCGUCUGUGCACUAACCAUCUUGAUCCAACUUCGUGUUUCUUCCCAGAGAAUCUGAUCAGUCAGAUGAAAACUCCACUUUUUAUUGUCAACGCAGCAUAUGAUACAUGGCAGAUACAAAGCAGCAUAGCUCCAAAAUCAGCAGAUCCUAGUGGCUUUUGGCAUGACUGUAGACUCAACCAUGAAAAAUGCACCUCUGGACAAAUGCGGUUCUUGCAAAGUUUCAGGGAUCAGAUGCUGAGAGUAGUCAAGGGCUUCUCAAUGUCUAGACAGAAUGGUUUGUUCAUAAACUCAUGCUUUGCUCACUGCCAAACCGAGAGGCAAGAUACUUGGUUUGCAGAUGAUUCUCCUGUCAUCAGUAAAAAGGCAGUGGCAAUAGCUGUGGGAGAUUGGUAUUUUGAUAGAGCAGAAGUGAAGUUAGUUGAUUGUCCUUACCCUUGUGACAAGAGCUGCCACAACAUGGUGUUCAGAUGAUUUUGAUUAUAUUACAUAAACCUUAGAAAAGCUUCUCUCAAAUGAGAGAGGCUUUUGUAUCCUUAAGCAUUAACCAAUGCCUCAUUGGAGAAUUGUAUGAUUGAUUUUGCA